CAUGCGCACUGCGCCCCCGCUGGCUCGGUGCUGAAGUUGGGCGGAUGGCAGCGAGCAGCGCGCUGAUGGAGAUAAACCGGCGGCGCUCCCGUUCACCCUCUCACACCCCCGGUACCGGCACGAAACACGCGUAAAGCCCCCGUGUGCUCGAAGGAGGACGUCUGAAGCGAGAGGAUGUUUUAUCCUGGUUCACCUUGCCCUUGAUUUUAAGAAAAGGAUUUGCCUGCGAAGACCAGGUGUAGCAAACCUACCUCUACUUACCAGACCUUCUCCUGAAGCAUGCUUGGUCAGGGAUGGUAAGACAAGCGAAGAGCAGCCAUCGUUUAAAUUCCAGCACCCUCCCUACAUCAACCUUUGACAUUAUGAUCGUGAGGUUUCUGCCUGGUCUGUGGAAGGACAUCCAAUAAUUUGCAUGCCUCAGAGUGUGAGCGGAGUUGAAAUGAGGAAACGGCAGCAGGCACACAUUGAAGGACCCCCGCAGGCCCCUGGGCAUCCAAGGCCAAACACCUGCUGUCUCUGCUGGUGUGGGUGCUGCAAAUGCCUCUGGAAUGAAGAGAGGAGGGAGCGUCCAGAACGGCAAACAUGUACAAAAAUGGACAGCAUAGAAGUGACAGAAGAGCAGCAUCCCACACUGGAUGAAGUUGUAGCCUGGGCACGGAGCUUUGAGAUGAUGAUGCGUUCCACAGAAGGCAGGGAAAUUUUUAAGGAGUUCCUGCAGUCUGAGUACAGUGAGGAGAACCUGAUGUUUUGGAUAGCCUGCGAGGAUCUAAAGAAGGAGACAAGCCCGUCAACUAUAGAAGAGAAAGCUAGGAUCAUUUAUGAGGAUUAUGUCUCUAUCCUGUCCCCAAAAGAGGUCAGUUUGGAUUCCCGGGUGAGGGAGGGUAUCAACCUGAGCCUGGCAGAGCCUAGCAGUCUGAUGUACGAGGACGCGCAGCUGCAGAUCUACACCCUCAUGCACAGAGACUCCUUCCCCCGAUUCCUCAACUCAUCAGUUUACAGGGAACUCCUGGAAAGAAAGAGAGCCUGCUUAGACACCUAAAGGUUCCAGCCAAAAAAACAAACAUGAUAAAAAAAAAGCCCUAAGGUGCCACUAUUGAAAGGUGUGAUAUUUCCUUUUCAUAGAGCGAGUAGUUAAGCAAUUCUGAUCGUCCAGUAGUGACCCUGAAGUUCACUUCCUGUUUAAGUGCCAAUAUAAGCUGCUCAGGCAACUGUGACGAAGAGAAUCGUGUACGGAAAGUCGUCGGAGCCCUACUUUCUUGAUCUUUACUUCUGUCUUUCUCUGUCUCUCUCAUACAGUCUUCUUCUGUCUCAGUUUUCUCUCUUUCUGUAUCUUUUUCUGCCUCUCUCUCUCUUUCUCUGGCUCUCUGGUCUCUCGCUCUGUCUGUCCGGCGCCUGUCCUUCUCUCACUCUCACAUUUUUGCCUCGUGUUUUGAGGGCGGCUGAAUAAUGAUGAUUCUUUUGUGAUUGGAUACGCGUUUACCGUUAAGCGAGAUAACAUCUGACUUUGCAUGAUACAAGGUUAUGGAAUUUAUUCAAGCUUGACAUUUACACCCUGGCAGGACUACAAUGGCUUUUGAAUAAGAAAUGUUUUUUAUGCUGUCGUAGGGAGAGAGCCUUUAAAGCUCUCGUAAGCUAAGGGAAAUUUCAUUUUGCCAAUUGUUUUCUCUUCUGUUCUCUUCGGAAGUAUUAAGCCGUCACCCGUCCAGUCUCUCUCUCUCUCUCUCUCUCUCUCUCUCUCUCUCUCAAACGCUCUCUCUUGUCCGUCUCAACAACUCUUUCACUGGGAAACGUAAGGGCUAGUGUUGUGGUUGGGCAGCUAAACGAAUCACGAACAUUACUUUUCCUCUGCAAAAAUCACAAUGCCUCGAUAAUGAAUAAGGGCACAGAAGCUGCUGACGCUGACCAACAAACACAGUCCUCCCAGGCCCUCCCAGUCCACACUCCUCACUGAGAGAAGCACAGGUACUGUAUGUCAUUGGUUGUAAACAUUGCUGGAUUAAGAGUUUUGCUUGAAAAUAAAUCAACAACAUCUCAGAGGUACUUGAGAGAAUUAGAACUGUCAUUUACAUUGAAAUGCCUUUUUUGUUUUUUUUUUAAAAGUCUUAAACAAAGGUUGUGAACACUGCCUUGUUUGUAAAGGCGACACUGUAUUUGAAAUAACGACUUAUUACGUCUUUUUUCAGGCACUGCACAAUGACACAUUUUCCCAGAGGUGAUGUGAAUAAAAACACACUUCUGGUUUUGGUAUAAAGGUCUUUUUUGUGUGUGAACUGAUAGCCUGUGUUGUUUGGCUGAUGGUGUAUGUAGGUUCCAUGGGUAGACAGUCAUCAGUCAGUCAGUAUUAAGCUCACGAAGCUUUUUAAACGUAGGAUUUCCUGACGAAAGGAAAGGCAGAAAAGCAGACUGUUGUCUGUUUUGAUAAUGGUAUAAUGGUGUUUCUAAAGAGGCCGCCAGUGCAGUGCAGUUUGCAUCCCUCUAGCAUGCAUUUAAGCGUUUGCGUAUUGAAGACAUCACAGUAUACAGUCAGAAUAAGAAAAAACAUUACAGAAAUACAAAUACAAAUUUUGCAGUCCUUUUUAAAAAAACAUAAAAUUUAAGUAUAAUUAUAAAACAUGUCCUUGAAGGUGGUAGCAUUUUCAGCUCAGUUUUGUUCGAUUCAAGCGUGAGUGUUUUGCUGUUGACGUGAUGACAAGUUGUUUGCUGUUACAGCGGCCAGUGCAUGAUAAACCAGUAUGUAAAUUACUUCUCGGUAUAACCACAUUCUCGUCUCUGUACUUGUCUCAGUAACUCCGAGUGGGUGAAUGACAUUGAUUUGUCAUGAUCUGUCUGAUCGCCACCUUUCAGCAAGAAUUUCAAGAUUUAACUUUCCUUGAAAUGCUUUGCUAAUGAAUGAGCCUAUUUUCAGUGGUGGUCAGGUUCUUUCACUGUUGGAUUUCUUUUUGGUGCUUGGAAAACUGCUUAAAGUGCCAUUCUAUAAAUGUACGAUACUAGAAAGAAGACCUUUGUCGCUCCACUGGGGUUGCACAGAUGCCGUUUUUAAAAUCACUGAUUAAGCAUUAGUGGAUUUACACAUCAGCAUCAGCCAGUGCAAAGACAGAAGCAUAUUACCCUUCAUUCCCUUAUACGUCUUACUGAAUAACAACCUGCAUGUGUUUCCUGGAUAUGAGUACAUUAGGAGAGGUUCUGUUUUCCAUUCAUUAUCCUAAAAAAAUGAACAAUGAAUGAAUGGCUGGCUGAUCCUCAAAUAGACAUAGUAGGUUCUCUACAAUAAGGGAAAUGUACACAUUUACACUAAACUUGCUAAUAUAAAUUUUGUUUUUUUAAUAAAACACACACUGCUGGAGAUGAA